UAUAUAGUCCAAGAUGCUGAACAACAAAGUUUGAUUUUGGAAAAAUACUAUCAUUAUGGAAAUGUAUACGCGGUAGAAAAAUUACACCAAUCUAUUGAGAUAUGGUAUGCUACAAGUGAAUAUUUGCGACAAGAAAUGAACCUGAAUUUUAGGAUGACGGAACCCUUUAAUCCAGUCCAUAUAAUGUCUUUUUCGGGAACUAGGGGAAAUACAUCUCAAGUACACCAAUUAGUAGGUAUGAGAGGAUUAAUGUCGGAUCCACAAGGACAAAUGAUUGAUUUACCCAUUCAAAGCAAUUUACGCAAAGGACUGUCUUUAACAGAAUAUAUCAUUUCUUGCUAUGGAGCCCGAAAAGGGGUUGUCGAUAUUGCUGUACGAACAUCAGAUGCUGGAUAUCUUACGCGUAGACUUAUUGAAGUAGUUCAACACAUUGUUGUACGUAGAACAGAUUGUGGGACCGCCCGAGGGAUCUCUGUGAGUCUUCGAAAUGGGAUGAUGCUGGAAAGAAUUUUUAUUCAAACAGUAUUCUAA